AUGAGCGGACAGAACAAUUUAAACCAUUGGAAACUGAUUUCGUUCGCUUCAGCGCGGAGAAUUGAUUCAAUUGAUUUUGCUUUAAGACUUCUUAAAGUAAUUGUUAUUCUAGCGAAAGCAAAUUUCUGUAAAAUUCAGUUUGUGUGUAAAACCAUGCUAGAAUCGCUGCCGUUUGAGAAUAGCUAUCCUAGUAACGUCAAGCUUAAAUACAAAAAGCUAUCCUAUCAAGCGACAACUCCUACUCGUGGAUCUCUCUUUGCUGCUGGUUACGAUCUUUAUGCUGCUCAUGAAGCUACCAUACCUCCUGGGGGUCGUGAAUUAAUUAAAACUGACAUACAGAUUGAAUUGCCAGAAGGUUGUUAUGGUCGUGUCGCUCCACGAAGCGGACUAGCCUUAAAACAUGGGAUUGAUGUUGGUGCUGGCGUCAUUGACCGAGACUAUAGGGGAAAUCUUGGCGUAGUACUUUUUAACUUUGGAGAACAAAAUUUUGAAAUAAAAAAAGGUGACCGUGUAGCACAACUGAUUUGUGAACGUAUUUUCUGUCCUGAAUUAAUCGAAUGUGAAUCGUUGGCGGAAACGGAUCGUGGUUCAAAUGGUUAUGGCUCAACAGGAGUGUAG